GGUCAAUAUAAAUCUCAUCUUAUCUCUAUCUAUAAUGUCCAUUCGCGUUACAGUCCUCACAGUGAGCGAUACUGCGAGCUCAGACUCCAACUCAGACAAGUCUGGGCCUGUUAUCAAGGAAAUACUCAACCAGAAUCCGUAUCGUCUCGUGGAAAGCACCAUAGUACCCGAUGAAGUGAUUCUCAUUCAGAAGGCAAUCAAAGGCUGGGUGGACUCUGGAGAAGUGGAUUUAGUGUUGACAACUGGUGGGACUGGUUUUGGUGUACGCGAUCGCACCCCGGAGGCUAUAUCUGUUCUCUUAGAACGUGAAGCUUCCGGUAUCGUCCACCUGCUUCUGUCCGCCUCAUUGCAGAAGACUCCAUUUGCUGCGCUAUCUAGACCUGUUGCCGGAACGAUCAAGAACACUCUCGUUAUCACUCUUCCUGGCAGUGUCAAGGCAGUAAAAGAGAAUUUGGAUGCUCUACUCGCUGAUGGUGUCAUGGAUCAUGCAGUUGAACUUAUCAGAGGUGGUACAGGUAAUCAAGUUCACGCCAAAUUAUUGUCGUCAAGCGAUAACUCCUCCGAUCGUGCACACACUCACCAUCGUAAUCACCACCACCACCACCAUGACCAUCAAGUACCUCAGCCACGAGUUCUCUCACAAGAUCCCUCCCUUGCUGUCUCUGCUCGCCAUCGCAUUUCUCCCUACCCAAUCAUCUCCUACGAAGACGCUCUCAAAAGAAUUAGCGAUUCUAUAGUCCCUCUACCCACCGUCAAACGACCAGUCGAACCAAGUUUAACAGGCUUCGUUCUCGCAGAAGACAUCUUCUCCCCUUCAGAUUUUCCUCCCGCACAUACCACGAGUGUUGACGGGUACGCAGUGAAAUCAUCAAACUCAGCUGGCACCUACAAGGUUCUCACCUCAAAAACCCAUUCACUUUCUCAAGAACCACCGGAUGGUACCAUUUACCGCAUCAACACGGGGGGGCAACUCCCCGUGGGCACAGAUGCGGUGAUCAUGGUAGAAGAUACUCGUCUCGUUUCUACUCACAGUGAAGACGAGGGCGAAGAGAAUCAGGUAGAAACUCUCGCACAAGUUAAUCCUGGAGAGAAUGUACGAGAUCCAGGCUCUGACCUUCGUAGGGGGGAUUUGGCAUUGCAGAAGGGGGAGAGGAUUACCAGCGCAGGGGGUGAGCUCGGGACACUAGCUUUCGUUGGACGGAAGGAGGUCGAAGUGUUCAACAAACCUGUCGUAGCGAUCUUGAGCACAGGGAACGAAAUAAUCGACCUGAAAUCUUUUCCUUCACCAGAUUCAUGCAGCUCGUGGGAUACAAAUCGUCCUUCAUUACAAGCAGCCCUUGAGGGUAUGGGAUAUGAAGUGGUCGACUUGGGAAUUGUACCGGACGAAAUUGACGCACAUGUUUCGGCAAUCCGAACAGGACUUGAGAAAGCCGACCUGAUUCUAUCAACUGGAGGAACGUCCAUGGGACCUUCCGAUCUCUUAAAGCCCGUUAUCGAGCGUCACUUCAACGGUUCCGUCCACUUUGGACGUGUAGCAGUGAAACCGGGAAAGCCAACUACAUUUGCCACGAUACCUCUUGCAAGUGGAAAAACGAAACCGUUAUUCGCUCUUCCUGGAAACCCCGCAUCUGCUCUUGUCACUUUUCAUGUGUUUGUCAUACCGGCUUUACGGAAGUUAGGCGGCUGGCCGGAGCGGUUGGCACAAUUGCCGCGGGUCCAAGUUGAGCUACAGACGUCGAUGAGACUGGAUCCUAGAACCGAAUUUCAUCGUGUGUUCAUUCGUUCAGACGGGAGUAAGUUGAAGGCUUUCAGCACCGGAGGACAACGUUCAAGCCGUGUUGCAAGUUUGAGUGGCGCGAACGGGCUGGUAAUACUACCACAAUGUCAGAAGGGUUCAUCGGAGUCUAUUGAGAAAGGGGAGAAAGUGGAAGCCAUCGUUAUUAGCGAGAUACAAAUGAUAUGA